UACCAGGCUCCGCCCCUCAGGCGCUCCCGCUGGCGGAGGACGGUGGCCGCGAGGGUCCGUUUCGCGCUCUCCCAUGGCGGAGCGGGAGGAUGUCGCUGGUGCUGGGGCUGCUGUCGCACACGCUGAGCAGGGUGCUGCGGUACUCCGGGCUGCGUAGGGGCUGCCAUGCCCCCCGGAGCCACGCCAUGGAGCAGGACAAGGCGCUCGAGGUUUACGAUAUAAUCCGUACUAUCCGGGACCCGGAGAAGCCGAAUACUUUGGAAGAACUGGAAGUGGUAACAGAAAACUGUGUUGAAGUGCAGGAGAUAGGAGAAGACGAGUAUCUGGUUAUCAUCAGGUUUACACCAACAGUACCUCAUUGCUCUUUGGCUACUCUCAUUGGCCUUUGUUUAAGAAUAAAACUUCAGAGAUGUUUGCCUUUUAGACAUAAGCUGGAAAUCUACAUAACUGAAGGUACACAUUCCACUGAAGAAGACAUCAACAAGCAAAUCAAUGACAAGGAGAGAGUAGCAGCUGCGAUGGAGAACCCGAACUUGCGUGAAAUCGUGGAGCAGUGUGUCACAGAGCCUGACUAGCAGCCGGGGCAGCCACACUUACCAUUUUGAUACAUUUCUUAAAGUAUCUUUGUUAAAAAAAAGGAGGAAAUAAUAAUAAUCAAGGCCUUGAGUUUAAUACUUGAGUUCUUUUUAUCUUCCACGUUUUUUUAAAAGGAAUUGUUUAUAAGAUAGAUUUAAAUUAUGACAAAUUAGUCUUUGGAAUAGUGAAGUGUAUAGUGUUCAGAACUGUGAUUUCUGGUGUCCAGAGAAGUAUUUUGUGAUUAAAAACAGAGCAACACACAGGCGUUGCCUUCUGACAGACAUUGUGAUAUAAAUGCAGUUUUGAGAGGGGAAUUUCUACGUUGUUUCAAUCACUGCACUGUAAAAAUAAAAGAGAUUCUUGUACUGA